AUGUCCCAGGGGAUGCCUCUCCAGCGUUCCAACCGCCAGCUCAGCUCGGGCCCGGGGAGGCUCGGGCCCCAGGGAUGCUCAGGCCAACGGGUAGCGCCCCCUGCGGACUACAGUGCGCAGGCGCGGCACGCUCGUCCCGCCCCCGCCCCCCUCCACGUGCUGCGCACACCUCGCGCUCCCUUCUGCUGGGCUAGCCUCGCGCCUCCCUCCCUCCCUCCUCCCGCCCCUCCGGUCCGGGCCUCCCAUUGGCUGCGGGCUUCGUCCCUCGGACCGCAGCCCGGCAGGCCCCCACCAGGCCGGAAGUCCCACCCCACGAGUGGCUGCCCCUAUCGUCGAUUGGCCCAGACGUCUGUCAGUCCGGGCGGCUGGCCCGAGUCGGUGGCGGGGGCCCGCGGUCGGUGCGCGACCCGGGCUGGCGGCGGUUUCCGGUUCCGCGGGGCUGGCGGGCGGGCGGGCGGCCGGGAGCGGCGGCGGCGGCGCCUGACAGACAAUGAGGGCGGCGGGGCGGCGCUGAGCGGCGGCUGCGGCGGCGAGCGACGCGGGGCCCGGGGGCGGGGCGGGGCGCCAGCCAUGGACAAUCAGUGCACUGUCCAGGUCAAGUUAGAGCUGGGACACCGCGCCCAGCUGCGCAAGAAGCCCACCACGGAGGGGUUCACGCAUGACUGGAUGGUGUUCGUCCGCGGCCCCGAGCAGUGCGAGAUCCAGCACUUCGUGGAGAAGGUGGUCUUCCGGCUGCACGACAGCUUCCCCAAGCCCAAGCGGGUAUGCAAGGAGCCCCCCUACAAGGUGGAGGAGUCGGGGUAUGCUGGCUUCAUCAUGCCCAUCGAGGUGUACUUCAAGAACAAGGAGGAGCCGAGGAAGGUUUGCUUCACUUACGAUCUAUUCCUGAACCUGGAGGGCAACCCUCCCGUCAACCACCUGCGCUGCGAGAAGCUCACCUUCAACAACCCCACCGUGGAGUUCCGGUACAAGCUCCUGAUGGCCGGCGGGGUGAUGGUAAUUCCUGAAGGAGCAGAAACGGUGUCCAGGCCCAGCCCCGACUACCCCAUGUUACCCACAAUUCCACUCUCUGCCUUCUCUGACCCCAAGAAGACCAAACCGUCCCACGGCUCCAAGGACGCCAGCAAGGAGAGCAGCAAGGCCUGCAAGGCCCACAAAGCGACCAAGGAGCACCGGGAGCGGCCGCGCAAGGACUCAGAGAGCCGGGGUGCCUCCAAGGAGCCGGAGCGCGAGCAGGCCCGGAGCGCCAAGGACGCAGCGCGGAAGCUAGGCGAGGCCCGGCCACCCAAGGAGGAGAAGGCCCCGCCACCCAAGGCUGCGUUCAAGGAGCCCAAGAUGGCCCUGAAGGAGACCAAACUGGAGGGCAUGUCCCCCAAGGGCGGGCCCCCACCACCACCCCCGCCCAAGUCUUCCAGCAAGAGGCCGGCCACUGCCGACUCACCGAAGCCCAGCGCCAAAAAGCAGAAGAAGAGCAGCUCCAAGGGGUCUAGGAGUGCCCCCAGCACCUCGCCCCGCACCUCGUCUUCCUCCUUCUCGGACAAAAAGCCGGCCAAGGACAAGGGCAGCGCCAAAGGGGAGAAAGUCAAGGCCGAGAAUGAGUCCAGGGAGAUCAAAAAGCCCCCGGAAGUGGAGGAGUCCAACUCGGAGGACGAGGCCUCCUUCAAGACCGAGUCCGCCCAGUCGAGCCCAUCCAAUUCCAGCUCCAGCUCUGAUUCCAGUUCAGAUUCGGAUUUUGAGCCGUCUCAGAACCACAGCCAAGGACCCCUGCGCUCCAUGGUGGAGGACCUGCAGUCCGAGGAAUCUGAUGAGGACGACUCUUCAUCAGGCGAGGAAGCCGCCGGCAAGACGAAUGCAGGGAGGGAUUCCAGGUUGAGCUUCAGUGACAGUGAGAGCGACAAUAGCGGAGACUCCUGCCUGCCUAGCCGGGAGCCCCCUCCGCCCAAAAAGCCACCUCCACCCAACAGCAAGGCAUCAGGCCGCCGGAGCCCAGAGCCCUGCAGCAAGCCAGAGAAGAUCCUUAAGAGGGGCACCUACGACAAGGCCUACACUGAUGAGCUGGUGGAGCUGCACCGGAGACUGAUGGCCCUGCGGGAGCGCAACGUGCUGCAGCAGAUCGUGAACCUGAUUGAGGAGACUGGUCACUUCAACGUCACCAACACCACCUUUGACUUUGACCUCUUCUCCCUGGAUGAGACCACCGUGCGCAAGCUGCAGAGCUACCUGGAGGCCGUGGCCACAUGA